CCCUUCCGAGGUCCCGCCCCCUCGCCCAGCUGCGGUGCCCGCGGCGGUGAGCUCCGACCUUGCAGCGGCGCAGCGCGGGCGGGAGCCGGGAGGAGCGGAGCAGAGCGGAGGGAGCAGCGUCCGGAGCGGACUCCCGUGAGCGGCGCGGAGACUGCGCCCUCGACCAACGCCCCCGGCCCGCCACGCGCCCCCUCCCACGGCUCACCUGGCGGCAAGUGCCAGGUAAGAGCGCGGCGCCCGCGUGGGACCCUGGCCCUGCGCGGAGGGCAUCUCCGGGGCUCGGGCCCUGCGAUACCCGGCGCCUGCGGCCCAAGUUCCAGCCACCACCCGCAGCAUCCUUCCCAGCCCGCGCGGAUAAGAAAGCUGCCACUCCGAGAGGCCCCCUGAGUCUCCGAGGCCCCACAGCUCCACUGCAAACCUGACUCGAGGCCUGGCCUCACCCCACCGAGGACCAUGGCCUCGCUGUCGCCGCCGCCGUGAGCCGCAGCUGGGCCUGGGCCCCCGGCCACCGCCCGCCGGCAGAAUGCGGCUGUGGAAGGCGGUGGCGGUGACGCUGGCCUUCGUGAGCGUGGACGUGAGCCUGACCACGGCCAUCUAUGCCUUCAGCCGCCGGGACCGCGGCCUGCUGGACGACCUGCGCCACUUCAACGUCUUCGACUCGGUGCUGGACCUGUGGGCCGCCUGCCUGUACCGCGGCUGCCUGCUGCUGGGCGCCACCAUCGGCGUGGCCAAGAACAGCGCCCUGGGGCCGCGGCGGCUGCGGGCGUCCUGGCUGCCCGUCACGCUCGUGUGCCUGUGCGUGGGCAUCUACGCCGUGGCCAAGCUGCUGCUCUUCUCCGAGGUGCGCAGGCCCAUCCGGGACCCCUGGUUCUGGGCCCUGUUCCUGUGGACGCACGCGUCGCUGGCCGCCGCCUCCCUGCUCUGGUGGCUGCUGUCCACCGUGCGGCCCGGCGCCGAGGCCCUGGGGUCCGGCGUGGGGACUGAGGCCGAGGGCUUCCGCGGGGACGGCCAGGCCCCUGCCGAGCAGGCGUCGGGGGCCACGCUGCGGAAGCUGCUGUCCUACACCAGGCCCGACGCCGCCUUCCUGGUGACCGCAGCCUUCUUCCUCAUCGUGGCUGCUCUGGGCGAGACCUUCCUGCCCUACUACACGGGCCGGGCCAUCGAUGGCAUCGUGAUCCAGAAGAGCACGGAGCAGUUCAGCACGGCCGUGGUUGUCGUGUGCCUGCUGGCCGUCGGCAGCUCAUUUGCCGCAGGUAUUCGGGGCGGCAUUUUUACCCUCAUAUUUGCCAGACUGAACAUCCGCCUGCGAAACUGCCUCUUCCGCUCGCUGGUGUCGCAGGAGACCAGCUUCUUUGAUGAGAACCGCACAGGGGACCUCAUCUCCCGCCUCACCUCGGACACCACCAUGGUCAGCGACCUGGUCUCCCAGAACAUCAACAUCUUCCUGCGGAACACGGUGAAGGUCACAGGCGUUGUGGUCUUCAUGUUCAGCCUCUCGUGGCAGCUGUCCCUGGUCACCUUCAUGGGCUUCCCCAUCAUCAUGGUGGUGUCCAACAUCUACGGCAAGUACUACAAGCGGCUCUCCAAAGAGGUACAGAGCGCCCUGGCGCGGGCCAGCAGCACGGCGGAGGAGACCAUCAGCGCCAUGAAGACCGUGCGCAGCUUUGCCAAUGAGGAGGAGGAGGCCGAGGUGUUCGGACGCAGGCUGCAGCAGGUCUACUGGCUCAACCGCAAGGAGGCGGCCGCCUACACGUCCUACGUCUGGGGCAGCGGGCUCACGCUGCUGCUGGUCCAGGUGAGCAUCCUCUACUACGGCGGCCACCUCGUCAUCUCAGGCCAGAUGACCAGCGGCGACCUCAUCGCCUUCAUCAUCUACGAGUUCGUGCUGGGGGACUGCAUGGAGUCUGUGGGCUCCGUGUACAGCGGCCUGAUGCAGGGCGUGGGUGCCGCCGAGAAAGUGUUCGAGUUCAUUGAUCGCCAGCCAACCAUGGCCCGCGGUGGCAGCCUGGCGCCCGAGCACCUGGAGGGCCGCGUGGACUUCGAGAAUGUGACCUUCACCUACCGCACCCGGCCGCACACCCAGGUCCUGCAGAAUGUCUCCUUCAGCCUGUCCCCUGGCAAAGUGACAGCCCUCGUGGGGCCCUCGGGCAGCGGGAAGAGCUCAUGCGUGAACAUCCUGGAGAAUUUCUACCCGCUGCAGGGCGGCCGCGUGCUGCUGGACGGCCAGCCCAUCAGCGCCUAUGACCACAAGUACCUGCACCGCGUGAUCGCCCUGGUGAGCCAGGAGCCCGUGCUCUUCGCGCGCUCCAUCUCCGACAACAUCGCCUACGGGCUGCCCGCCGUGCCCUUCGAGUCGGUGGUGGCGGCCGCGCAGAAGGCCAACGCGCACGGCUUCAUCAUGGAGCUGCAGGAUGGCUACAGCACGGAGACGGGCGAGAAGGGUGCCCAGCUGUCAGGUGGGCAGAAGCAGCGGGUGGCCAUGGCCCGGGCCCUGGUGCGGGACCCUCCUGUCCUCAUCCUGGACGAGGCCACCAGCGCCCUGGAUGCGGAGAGCGAGUAUCUGAUCCAGCAGGCCAUCCACGGCGACCUGCGGCGGCACACGGUGCUCAUCAUCGCCCACCGCCUGAGCACUGUGGAGCGUGCGCAUCGCAUCGUGGUGCUGGACAAGGGCCGCGUGGUGCAGCAGGGCUCCCACCAGCAGCUGCUGGCCCAGGGCGGCCUCUACGCCAGGCUGGUGCAGCGCCAGAUGCUGGGGCUCACACCCACCCUGGACACCACCGCUGGCCAUAAGGAGCCGCCGGCCGACGGGGACCUCAAGGCCUAGGAUGCCUGCCUGCCUUGCACUGAGCCCGGCCUGGGCACCCGGGAGGCCUUGUCCUCCUCCUCCUUCUCCUCACCACCGCUUGCUGCCCCUCGUCCCUGGCCUGGCCUUCGUGAGCCACCCACCCCUCCGCCAUCCCACCCAUCCCUGGGCUCCUUAGCAAAGGUCACCACCGUCCCGGGGUUUUUACUGCUUGGUUCUAUGACUCCGGUCAACUCCUAGAUCUCAAAGAUGUUUUUCUCCAUUGGGAGCAGAGGGGUCACCAAGAUGUUCUAGAAGCUUCUGAGCCAGGAGUGGUGGCCCUGCUGCUCGCCUGGAGAAGUGGCUCUGCCUUGGCCUCUGCAGCCCAGGGACUUCCCUGUCCCAGAGGGGGACGCAGGCUGGGGCCCUAGCUCCGAGUCCGGCCAAGGGCGGGUGGGAAUGGGGACGCCUGUCACCGUCACCCCCAGCCUGGCCAUCCAAGCCAGGCUCACUGUGAACACCACCGACCUCACAGGGCAGUGAGGCCUGGCGGGGCCUGGGCAGGCGCUCUGGGCCUCGCCUCCCCGUGCUCUGCUGCAGGAAGCCCAGGAGCAUCUGCAAGCCGAGUUCUCUUCUGCCCCACUGGCCAAGCCCAGGCCUUGCCUUGCCCAGGAUGUGAGAUACGGGGUGAACUUGGUCAAUAAAGUGUACUACCUCUGA